ACAUGGAUAUGGUAAAGUACUGUUACCUUAUUUGAGCUACUGAAAAUAUAAAUUGUUAUAAAUCUGUUUUUGUUAAAUAGACCGGUGUAUGCGUGGAUAUUUAAAAUGGAAAAAACUCGAUGUGUGGACAAAAUCACAAGGAGUCCUAUGCAGGAUAACGGAAGGAUUAUAAGUACGGACAAUAAAGCCAUUAUGUGGCCAAGUGAACGCAUUGCCCAGGGAGGAAUGUUUCACAGUCCUAAAAUAGAGUACAGCAAAGAAACUGCGGAUUUAUUGAAAGCACUUAUGGCUGAGUCCAAAAUGUCAAUGCUGAUGCGGAAAAAAAUCAACUAUCACUUACGAAAUGGGGAGCCUUUGCCGAAACCUGAACCUCCACCUAUAAACACAAAAGAUCCAGAAGCUGGUGCGCUAGAUAUUCUGCAACGUGCUCAUCUUGCUAAACGGAAGAGCCUUGAACAGAUUUUGGCUAGUGAUGCCUACAAGUUACCCUCUUACCGUCCGAGGCCAACGAAUAGGAUGCCUACAGAAAAAGAGAAGAAAUUACUGCAAGAGGCCAUGUCAGGUAUGCGCCUUGCAGAGACGUCACUGAAGGCAAAACGUAAGCCACGAAUUAGAACGGACUCCCAUGCUUCAGAAGAAAAUAUAAUUGAUGAGCUUUUAGAACAAAUUAAUGAGCGCGCAAACUGGUUGGCUGAAAUGGAAGAAUUAGGUGAAGGCAAGCGCUUCAGGAAUGAGGUUCGUGAACAAAUAGCGGAACGACUUCGUCAUAUAAAGGCGCUUGAAACGAAAAUUCAAAUUAAAAAGAGUGGUAUUCGGUUCGUGGAGUAAAGGUGCACAUUUUUAUUCUGUACACAAAAUUAAUAUAAAUCAAUAUAAAUUAACGGUGCCAGCUUUUAACUCAGUAUUAAAGCGCAAGGCUAACUUGUGCAGUAAAACUUGGUUGGAAGCUCAGGCACUGUUUCCACCUAUAACUCCCUGUAACCUAUAUUAAAUCAAAAUUGAUCUAAAUAGUACAAGUACAUAUAUAUAUUUUCAUAUACACAUAACAAUAUUGAGCAUUUUGCAAGCACAUUUCAUUAGUUGUUACUAUAUCCUUUUCAUAUUUAAAUUUACCAAGAUGUAAGAAUAUUGAGCGAACCUUUGUCCAAUUAUACUUAUUGCUAAACAUUAAAAAAUUUAUUGGAAAUUUAUGCUUGUCUUUGAGCAACACAAAAAUCUGAAGUCAUACAAAGUAAAUGUGAAUCGC